ACCAGUAGUAGCGCAGAGAUGAGGUUGAAGAAUGCAAGAGAGACGAUAGAUGCACUGUACGAUCUAUCUCAACUACUUCAGACUGCAGGUUUGGACAAACAGACAUUAUCGAUAUGUGUAGGUAUGAUAGAAAACGGUGCUCAUCCAGAUGGUUUAGCAGCUGUCGUUACUGAACUUCGGAAAGAGGUAGAG